AGUAGACUCGUCCUGAAUAAUUCAAACGCGUCGUCUUCGUAAUUCUUUACAAUAUGCAUAUAAAUACAAUUGCUUAGCAACACACACAAAAUAAAAUUAACCUAUCUAUAUAUACAUGCACAAAUAAAUCAAUAUACUUCAAUUUCUUAAAAAAAUAAAAUCAAUCUCUCAAGAACACAAGCCAUGGUAGAUCAAGAUAAUCAAAUAGUUCCAUUAGCUCCGACCAAGAGCAAUCCGAGAAGUCACGACGAAGAACUUGCAGCGAUAAAACCCAAAAUUUCACGACAAAAAAGAAGUAGUAAGUGCUUAGUAUAUAUUCUUGCAGGAAUUGUGAUUCUUGGUGCAGUUUUUUUAACAAUUGCCCUAAUAGUAUUCCGUCCCAUCAAUCCCGAUCUUGAAUUGAGUUUCGUUCGAGUUCAAAAAUUUAACUAUGCUAAUAGUAAUAACACUGGACCGUUAUCUUCCUUUAAUAUGACGUUAGAGAUGGAGUUCAAGCUCGAUAAUUCGAAUUUCGGGCAAUUUAAAUUCGGUAAUACUAAUGCGACGUUGUGGUACGAAGCUGAGACCGUAGGCGAAGCGAUACUACGCGGGGGCGAAGUUAGGGCUAGAAAGACGAAGACAAUGAAUGUUAAUAUGCAAGUGAAAUCGCCUAAAUUAUCGAAUGGUACGGAUUCGACGAACGAUGUUAUAAAUUCUGGAAUUAUGAAGAUGAAUUGCUAUGCUAAAUUUAAUGGAAAAGUGAGUUUGUUGCGUAUUGCAAAGAGGAAAAGUGCUAUAAUGGAUUGUUCUUUCAAUCUUAAUUUGAGAAGCCGGUCAAUUGAGGGAUUAGUAUGUGAUUAGCUUAUGUGUACGUAGGUUUUGAAUAUUCAUUGGCUGGUGUAAUUAAAAUUUUGGUUAAGUUGUAUAUUUGUUUUAAGAUUUUGAGAAAAAUAUACAAAUGGAGUUUGAAGUUGUCUAAA